GCGUCACUUUAAAGUUUUGUAAACGUAAAGUGAUAACAGUUUCAAUUUAAUUUCGUUUUAUUUGUACACACACACACACACACGGGAUAAACAGUAACAACAUAAUGGUGAUUCCAACUACGGAAUCUGCCGGGAAUUUACUUUCAAAACCGGGAAAUGAAUUACCAGCGGAGUUUCAGAGACAACAGGUAGAAUGCGAAGAUCUGACUGCUGAGUUCAACGACAAGUUCGUUGAUUUCUCUAAACAAUUUUAUCACAUUUAUGCCGUGAGACUGGCAGAGUUGAGAGAAGUAUUGUUGCCACGAGUUGACGCAAAGUGGAAAAAUAUUCAGAUAUUGAAGUUGGCAGAGUUGGACGAUUUUGAAGGACAAGAUUGUGUGAUAAUUGGAACGCUGUACAAACAUCAAAAGUGGAAGCCGUCGAUAUUGCAGGAAUUAAGCGAGGAUCAUCAAUUAACGUUGCCCGAGCCAAAGCCAAAUUAUUGUUCGGAAAAUGAUCAACUUUACUUGGAGGAUGAAAUGUUGCGAAUCAAGCUGGUGGUUAGAGACGAGGACUUGAAGAACUAUGUGACGGGUGUUGUAUGCGCCAUACUUGGUCACAAAGAAAAAGAUGGAAAUUUUGUGACCAAGGAUUGGUGUUUCCCUGGUUGCAUGCCUAGAAGCAUGCUGGUAGAAUCAAAAUCAAGAGGAAAAUUAGUAUUUCUGUCCGGACUAGAUUUAGUAAACAGCUCUCAGAAGUUGUCGUUGAAUCUUCUAACAGAAUGGAUAUGCGGCAUGGCAGGAGACGCGACAGCUCAAGAAGAUGCUACUUCUAUCACUCGAAUUAUUAUAGCUGGCAAUUCCGUCAAAGCUGUUACCAAGACAAAUACUCUAAUGGGACACGCUGAAGGUAAGGCACAGGACGCCGCGAUAGUAAAAGAAGUGGUUGUGGCAACGGAUCUUGUGGACAAAUUUCUCGCCGAAAUAGCAAAAUGUUGCCCCAUCACUCUGAUGCCAGGUCAACACGACCCCACUAACGCGAUGUUGCCUCAGAAACCGUUACAUCCAUGUAUUCUGCCGUUAACGUCUAGAUUCUACAGUUUCAAAGGCGCAACAAAUCCGUGGAUCGGUAGAGUCGCCGGACGUAUUAUAAUGGGCACUAGCGGACAACCGAUCGAAGAUAUCGCAAAAGUAACCGGCGCGACAGACAUUUCUCCAUUGGAGUGGCUGGAGAGAACGCUUCUUUGGAAGCACAUGUGCCCAACUACUCCGGACACGUUACCGGUGCAGCCUUAUUUUGCGAAAGAUCCUUUUAUUAUAAACCAUUGUCCGGAUGUGUAUUUUGUGGGCAACACGGAUAAAGCUGAAACAAAGUUGUGGAAAGGUGAAGAAAAUCAAGAAGUCAGAUUACUUUGUGUUCCCAAGUUUUUCUCUACACAUACAGCAGUUAUUGUGAGUAUGGACACUUUGGAUGCCGAAUUCAUUUGUUUUGGAGCUGGAUAGGAGCAUUCAAAAGAAAAAAGAAAAAAACAAUCUAACAAAUUUUCAUUGUCAGAUUAUCAUAGCGUUUACUGGUGUUAACAGAUAUAUUUUUCUAUUCUUACUACACUAUUUAAGAAAUAUAUAUACAUUGUAUUUUUAUAUGAAAAA